AUGGCGAAAACAUUCGACUUCGAGAUGUACCGCUACACCCCCUCCCUCACGGGGGCAAUAGUAGGCAUCAUUGUUUUCAGCAUCCUUGCUGGCCUUCAAUUCUGGCAAUGGCUACGGUGCAGAAAGACAAUCGUCAUCUGGCUAUUCGUUGGAGCAAUCUGCGAAAUCGCUGGCUAUGGUGCACGAAUCGGUUCACACUACGACACCAAAGGCUGGGCCCCAUUCAUCAUCCAGGGAGUUCUCCUCUUAGUCGGCCCAUUGUUCUUCGCAGCCACUAUCUACAUGUUCCUUGCCCGCACCAUCCGUGUAGCUGGUGGUGAGGAGGUCUCCAUCGUCAAGCCAAAAUGGUGCACUCGAAUCUUUGUUGGAGCAGAUAUAAGCACUCUCGUCGUCCAGGGUUUGGGUGCUAGCAUCAUGGGAACCAUGAAGUUGGCUCUCGCCAUUGCGGGCGAGAAGAUCGUGAUCGCCGGUCUCGCUCUCCAGGUCGCGACGUUCGUCUUCUUCGUCAUCACUUCUGCCGACUUCCAUAUCCGCAUGAACAGGAAGAGCCGACAGAUGAAUGCCGUCGAUGGCUCUGAUGACUGGCGAAAGAUGCUGCGCAUUUUGUAUAUUACCAGCUCCCUCAUCCUGUUCCGAUGUAUCUUUCGUCUCAUCGAAUACGCUAUGGGAAAUGCCUCGUAUCUCAUGUCGCAUGAGUGGACUCUGUAUACUUUCGACACAGUACCUAUGGCGUUGGUACUUGUGCUUAUGCUGGUAUUGAAUCCAGCAAAGUAUGUUCCCCAGGAUAUUACGAAACAAAGGAGUCCGAGUAGCUCGGACGAGGAGCAAUUGGGCACUGUACGGGACCAGUACCUUGGAGAGCGAAAGUAA